AUGGAUGACUUUCGGGAAGCUUUGGAUUUGUGUGGAUUGAUUGAUAUGGGGUUCAAAGGGUAUCCUUUCACAUGGAAUAACAAAAGGCUAGGUAGUGCGAAUACUAGGGAGAGGUUGGAUCGGGCUGUGGCGAAUAUGGAGUGGAGGGAGAAAUUUUCAGCAAGUACCUUAAGGCAUCUAUUUUCCCAUGCUUAUGAUCACCGUCCAUUGCUACUGCAAACUAAGGAUGACGGGGGGCCACAAAACAGAGGAGUACCAAGUUUUAAGUUUGAAGAAAAGUGGCUUCUAUGGGAGGAGUGUGAAAUGGUUGUCUCUGAAGCUUGGACCAAAGAGUGGAGGGCACAAAAUUCAUUGGUAAACACAAAAGAAAAAAUUCAGCACUGUGGGGCCGAGUUGCAUGCAUGGGGUUCUUCUAGGACCCACCCCGAUGCCAAGGAAAUUAAAAGACUACAAAAACAUGUGGAGGAGUUAAGUGUUGUGGUGACUACUGUGGAAAGCCAAAUAAAAUUUUUGGCAGCAAGUAAAAAACUUGAUGAUCUUUUGCUCAAAUAG